AUGCCCUCGCUAGACACCCAAGUCCUCUCGUCUCGUCAGGACAUUUCCACGCUCGACGACAUCAUCACGCGGGACCUUUCUUCGACAAAGUGUCUCGGAACGUAUAAAACCAUGGCCUCGCCCACCCCAUCCUCUCCCGCGGCGGCAGCUCCCACCACGCCGCCGCCGCCGCCGGCCGAGGCGCCCAAGACCCUCAACCCGAACGUCUUCCGCCCCGCCACGCCCCCCUCGCACCACCACUCCGACGACGGACGGGGCCCGAAGAGGGCGGUCUCCUUCAUCUUCCCCACCGUCAUCGUGCUGCGCGUCGUGGCCAUCGCCCUCGCCAUCACCCUCAUCGUCCUCGAGUUCGAACGGACGGGGCGCUACCACGGCAUCGGCCCCUUCCCCGUCGUCCUGGCCUUCUUCCAGCUCUUCUGGCUCGUCUUCGCGGUCCUGCGGGACCUCGGCCGUGGCGGGAGCGGCGGCAGGAACAAGGGGUUCACCGUGGACCUGGGCUUCGUCAAGUGCAUCUUUGGCCGGCGCGGCCACGAGGACGAGGACGCCGGGGAGAUGCUGCUGGGCUGGGUCCCGGGAGACUCUGGCAAGAAGUUGAAGAAGGCGGUGCUGUUCACGACGGCGACGGAUCUGGUGUUUGCGACGAUCACGUUCACGGUCGGCAUGGUUGUGAAGGGGGGCUGGCAUUGGUCCUGGGGUUCCGGCAUCUAUGUCGUCGCGUUCGUUAUUGCGGGACUCGAGAUCAUCAUUGCGUUUGCGCAGCAUUUCACCAUUUUGAAGCGGGCCAGGAUCCAGAUCUCGUAUGACGAGGACGAGAGCGAGGAUGGUCUCGGCUCUCACAAGUACCGCAUCCGCCUGCCGCAGAGCCCUGAGAGGGGACAGGCGCCCAUUUCUGUUUAUGCCCACACGGCCAUCUGA